UGCCAAUAAUCAAAAUAUAAAUCACUUCAAUUUUCGAAAAGCGCAGUAACUUCAUUCGCUACGAUGUGAAAAAUAUAAAUAAAAUAAGUACUAUCGCUGUUAUAUCGUAGGUAUAAACAAAUUCAAGAAUAAAUAACAAACGAUUAAUAAAUUUUGGCUACAUGAGCAGAUUUAUGUAAUCAUUAGUGUGUUUAAUAAAUUUUAUGUAACUUUAAAUCCAUAAAUAAAGCGUGUGUUUUUUCGACGAAAUGUUAUUUGCGUAAAAAGGAAAAAUGGCAAAGGAUUUUAUGUCGGAACAAUUUUCCUUGAAGUGGAACAAUUUUUCUAGCAAUUUAACAUCUGGCUUUUUGAAUCAUUUAAGUGAAAAUGAUCUAGUUGAUGUUACGCUUGCUGUAGAGGGUCAAUUAUUACAAGCACAUAAAUUGGUUCUCUCAGUAUGUAGUCCAUAUUUCAAAAGUAUAUUUAAGGAGAAUCCUUGCCAGCAUCCUGUGAUCAUCCUUAAAGAUAUGAAGUGUGCUGAAAUUGAGUCAUUAUUGAAAUUCAUGUACCAAGGUGAGAUAAACAUUAAUCAAGAAGAUUUACCAACUUUCCUAAAAGUAGCACAAACGUUGCAAAUAAGAGGACUUACAACAGAGGAUACAGUGAACAUAAAAUCAUUUCUUGGGUUUGAAUUAAAUGAGCCUACAGUCCAAAAUAUUGCUCAAUCCAGUUUAAGUACAAUAAACAAAGUAUCCAAAGAUGUAGAAAUGAUAGACAGGAGAAAAAGAUCUCGCGAUUUGACGAGAAAAUGUAACAAAAAAGCGAAACACGAUACACCUGUAACAGUAGAAAACACACAAAACAUAUUUAAAGAAGACAUGGAUAAUGAUGAUCAAGAUGUUCUACUCUUGAAAGAUGAAAAUGAUUCUAUAGUUAAUGAUAGUGACAAUGUUUAUACUACGAAAAACAAUGAAAACGAUGAAAAUGAGAAUGCUACUGAAUUAGCUGUUGAUCCAACUUCAAAAAAUCCAACUCAAGAAGAUGUAGAACCGGUGAUCUAUAGGCUUUCCGCACGAGGCCGGCCGCAAUUAGUUCACGAGGGUUACGUCUACAAUUUAACAUCGCGUUCUGAAGCUUUGAAUAGGUCUCAUUAUAGAUGCGCCGAGCAGCAUCGCGGAUGUAAAGGUAAAUGCGCUGUUAUUGCCGAAAGAUUUAUGCCUACCGGUGUACACGAUCAUAAUCAUCCUCCUGGAUAUCAGUCAGAACAUGAUUACCGAAAAAAGAAAGGAUUAGAUGCCGACACCUCUUAAAAUGGGUUUAUUUUAAGUGUUAAUUAUAAUAGCAUUUUAUCGGAUAAUUAUUUUGUUGUUUGAAUAUUUUAUGAUCAAAGAAAGUGUUUGUUUUUAAUGAUAGCAUUUGAAAAUAGCGUUCCGUAAAGAGCAUACAGUAUUUUAAAAAUAGUUGUCCAAUCGUUUGAUCACGAAACUUUAUAUAUAUUUAAAUUGUUGUGCAAUUUUCUGAUCACGGCAAUCAGAGUGUAUUUUUUGCAAGAAUCAUAAAAUUGCAAUUGUACAUAAUAGUAAAUUAGCAAGCCAGUAUAAAGUAUGUGAACCCCUGUAUUUUCAUUAACUGUGAUGCACAUUUUUGGAAUUCAUAAAAAAGAAGACGUAGUCGGCAGAUAACAAGCACACAUUCCAUUUAGUAUUAUAUUUAACGCGAAUCAAGCCAAAUAAAAGUAUUUAAUUUAUGUUACUUGUUUCACGUAGAAUAUGUCUUUUUAUAUGAUAAAAGCGUAAUUCGUGUUUAUAAACACGCCGAUUUAUCCAUGUACAAUAUGUACAUAUGUACAUAUAAAAUUACUGUUCCAUUUACCGACACUUUAAGUUUUAUAUAUUUCAUAUGUAACUUAUUUGAAAGAAUAGUAUGUCUACUAUUAUAUUCAAAAUUAUAAAAAUCAGGAGUAAAUGAUAUAUACAUAGAUAACAUUGAAAAUUAUAAAAAUUUAU